UUUAGUUCGGCAAGACAGAAGCACGACGUCUGAACUGGGCCUAAGUAUCCUUAAUGUAGCUAAUGUAAGUAUCAUAUUGUAAGUAGUGUUCUUUGUGUGGUUAUAAUUUAAAAAAAAAAAAUUGUUUAUCUUUCCAUCGCAGAUCAUUCCUUAGCUACUUAAUGCUUUCUUCCAACUCCUAAAAAAUAAUUACGAUCAUUUAAAAUAUAGCAGUUGGGUCGGAAUAAACAGAAUCAAGCGUAGCUGACGGUUUCUCGGGUAAUAGCACACCCAAGGAGGCUACAAGAACAAUGGAGCGCGGGGUCAUCACCGGCCAACAAAAUCCGACCAUGUAGCCAUCGAACGAAAACCAUGAUCUUUUUAAUCACUGCUCAAUUAGGGCUCGCUGAUAACCAACAAGGUUCCAGAAAUAUGCUGUAGUUUAGUUACAAAUGACAAUACCCGAAAUCUAUUACCAUGUUAAUGGAGCCAUAUCUAUAUUCCUCUUCAGAAGCGCUCUGAUACAAUAGGGUCUCUUGUCACGUUUCCAAUUGUACAAUCUGAAACCCACAAGCGGCGCAGGUCUUCUACAGCGUCUUUGCCACAAUUCUCUUCCCCAGGAGAGGCUGGUGGUUCUCGCUUCCGGCGAGUUUCUGCUGGGAGUGCGUCAAACGUCCCCACUCCCUCCACCUCAGGACAGGGUGAGACCCCACUCUCUCCGGGAAGUUCUUAUGUUUCUGGAGCAGCAGAAGUGAGACGAGGCUCGCGAUCAAGAAGGUCCUCAAUAGCGGCUUCAAUGUUGGGUUCCAGUGAUGCGACUCAAUCGAGGAGAGAUUCAGUGCAGGCUGAUGGUAAAAAAGGUUCAAUUGGAUUUUCUACCUUGGCUUCUUCCCUUGUCAAGUGGAAAAUCAAUUCGUUGAGAGCAGCCAGAAAAACUCAAGAGACCAUUGCUAAGGAUGCCAAACAUCAGGAGUUCAUGGAUAAAACUGCUGACCGCAUAAAGACUGAGCUUCCAAGAUCAUUGUUGGUUAGUAUACAAGAGGAAGCAUACCCCAUUAUACUUAGAACAGCCCAAGCAUACAGAUCUCAGCUAGGAGCGAAACACAAGCUGACGUUGCAAGCUUCUGAUCGACUGAUGGAUCUUAUCCGUGAUUUAAAGACUCCUUACUAAACUGUAGGCAAUGAUCAGUCAAUCGACUAUGCCUGUUCAACAUACUUGAAUGUUCUCGAAUAACUUUACAAUGAAAACUGCAACAGUGUAAACUAUUUAAACGUUUCUUUCAAUUAAAGUAUCAUUUAAAAGAAUCGUCAGUCGCAAAAUCAGCAUCAAGUUUAACGACACAACAGCGCCCAUGUUGAUAACUUGCGAUAUCAUUAAAACUGAGGGAAAUUUACCGGCAGAGGUGCGAGUACGUUUUUUUUUUAACGUUGCCUUCGAAUUCGUCUCUUACUGCACGAUUACUGCAUGGUAAAAACUCCCAACAUGAAAUGAAUAUCGAGCACGGGGUCUUAGCACAUUUUGCGAUAGGAAUGCAGACAACCCAUUGCAUAUAUAUGGUAAGGUCUCGUCAUCGUUCAAAGGAAUAUAGCUCAAAGACAAAGAUAUACUACGAGUUCACAUUAGAAAUAAAUUAGACAAGAACGUACCUUAACGUCUCAGUUUCAAUGCAGUAAAGCUUCGACCUUCCUUGUAAAUUUUCGGGAGAAGAUAGUCGCCAAAUUUAGCCUACGCCAAAACUUUCCUCCAAACUGACAGGCAAAUUGUGAAGGGGAAAGUUCUAGCCUUCGAAUGAUUUAAACAGUCACAAGAGAGUGUUCAUUAUAAUCACAAUCAUCCUUCUGUUUCGGGCUUACGGUAAUAGCUUGGAUGAAUAAUACUUUUAUACAUCCAGUGCACCAGGUUAGUGUGCGUAGCACAUUUCCCUACGGCAGUGAGACAUGGGCGCUAUUCGCUCGUUAGGAACGUUAUUUCCACCCUUGCUGUCUCCAUAGAAUACUGGCCAUCACCUGACAUACUAGCCAAACUGGCGAGCAGACCAAGUUCGUUAGGCUCGGCUUGUUCUCACGGCGUCAGCUACGCUGGCUUGGUCGGGUCACUUGGGUGGAGGAUAAUAAUAAUAAUAAUAAUAAUAAUAAUAAUAAUAAUAAUAAUAAUAAUAAUAAUAAUAAUAAUAAUAAUAAUAAUAACCUGUAAAUUUAUUGACAUGGCAGUACCAUCAGACAGAAACACAUCCGUGAAAGUCAGUGAAAAACUAUCCAAAUAUAAGGACUUGGAAAUCGAAA